AUGCAGGGCUUCCAAAAGCCUGAAAAUGCUCUCAAAAGGGCAGGUGAAUUGCGGGCUAUAGGCAAAAAUGAUGAAGCCCUGCAAGUUCUUCACAGUGCGAUUGGACAUAGAUUCUUCCGCGUUCAAGGUUGGGAUAUUGUACAGGAACGCAUAAUGUUGCAAUAUGUAUCCCUAUGUGUAGAACAGCGUAAGCUAAGGUUGGCAAGGGAUGGGUUGCAUCAGUAUAGAAUUGUUGCUCAACAUGCCAAUGUUGUGUCCUUGGGUAAAGUUAUAGUUGAACUACGCGAUCAAGCGGAAAAUCAACUCAAAGUGCUCAAGGAACAGCUUUCCCCUGAAAAUGGGAUAGCAGAAACAUUGGAUAAAGUCGAGUCUAACGUCACUCCCUUUUCUGAAGAUGGUUAUUCGGUGGAAUCGCCCGAGGAACUAAUGGCCAGUACCCUCCAGGUGGAAGUUAGGGACUCGAGCACCAGGUCCUUGUACGAGGCUUACAGAUUUUCCUGGGAGACUUACCGCAUGAUCCUAGACAUUAUGCGCGCUACUCCCAAAUUAGAAAAAGUUUACCAUGAAACUGCACAUAAGGCACUAAAUUUCUGCUUAGAAAACAAGAGAACCACGGAAUUCAAACGGCUUUGCGAAGUCGUGCGGGGGCACUAUUCCUUUCUCCUGAAGAUGAAACAGAAGCCAGAAAUUGAGUCAUUGCUUAGGCCUGAAUUACACUUGGAGACCCGAAUUAAUCAGCUAAUAGUUGCCAGUGAGAUUGGUCUAUGGCGCGAGGCAUUUAAUACUGCCGAGGAUCUUUAUAGUUUGGGUAUAAGAGAUUAUAUAAUGAAAGUAUUUCAGACGCCGUCUGACUACAUUUUGAAGCAGAGGGAGAAAUUACUUAAGUGGUUGGCAAUAUUUUAUGAAAAACUAACCAUGGUCUUUUGGGUCUCAAACUUGGACCUAUUCCAUGCUUUGGCUUGGUUGCGUUAUGUGGUUCACAUAAGAACGUUUAAGAAAUCAGUGUCUGCAGAGGAUAUGGAGAAAUUUGCCUCAAAAGCUGUGUUAGCAGUGCUUUCAGUUACAUUAUUCCAGGAAAACUCUGAUGAUAAUGACUAUAACGGGGAUAGUAUGUCUAAUUACCAAGUGCGAAGACGCAUGGCUUCAUUACUGGGUCACACAAAUAUACCCACAAGGGAGUCGCUGAAGCAGGGUUUAAUUAUUAAGGGAAUUUACAAAUACUCCACCCCAAAGGUUAAAGAGCUGUAUGAAUUAGUAGAAGGUUCCACAACCCCACUAAAACUUUGUUCAAAGUCGAUACCACUCCUUGAAUUCGUGUCUUCCGACCCUUAUAUAGCACAAUAUCUACCUAAAUUAAAGGAGAUUAUCUUCCAUAAAUUACUGCUACAAUUAUCAAAGGUUUAUUUUACUAUUAAAAUUGAUUAUUUCACUUCGCAAAUAUGCCCCAAAGAAUUCUACGAAUGGCAUCAGGCUGAAACUGUGCUAAUAGAUUUGGCCUAUAGGGGUCUAUUGCCCAUACGCCUUGACUAUACUAACAGGAUAAUACAGAUGAAGAACAACGAGUUGCAGAGUAGGAGUGGUUGGUACGAGUUGGCCAGGUGCAUGCUUAAGUGCAUGGGCAAAAUUGGCACAGCCAACACAGGUGGCAUGAGCGCAGGUAUAUUUGCCGAGGCAGUAAAUGUUGAAGCUUGUAAAGCCGCUAUACCACAACUGCGGCAGGAACAUUUGGACCGCAUGAAAAUGAUUGAAAGAAGGCGCCUUGAACACCAGGAACAGCUCAUGAGGGACGAAGAGGCCAGAUGUCGGCAGGAGAUCGAGGAAAAGCUGGCCGAAGAGAGGAUUGAGACCAUAAGGAGGGAGGAGGCGCUUAAGCAGUUCGAGUUGCAAAGGAAGAUUGAGGAGAAGGUCAAGCUGAAGAGCGAAACAGCUAAGCAAAUGUUGGAUGAAAUUAAGAAGUUAGGCGCGGGCCAAUCUAGCAAAAUUUACAUAAAGGGCAAGCAGCUGGAGGAUAUCAACGUACAAGACGUUCUGGACGGUUUGGUCGAUUAUGAUGACCUUGAAAAGGCCCGUGAAGCCCAGAGGAUACGGGAUAGGCAGGAGAAGUAUAGGCAGAGGAGAGCUGAAGCAAAGAAGAUGGAUCAUUUGAUUAGAGCUGUGAGGGAGAAGGAGAUGGAGCUUAUUGAAGAGUAUAAAAGUAAGGUCUUGGAGAGAGAUAAGAUGCUUUUGGCGGAGGCGCAAGCGAGGAGGGAGGAAAAAUACGCCAAUGAAUCCGCUGCCUUAGAAGAGGAGAAGCGGUGCCUGGCUUUAGCUCAGGAUGUGAAAAAGUUGUGGGUUUCAAGGAAGUUAGAGGAGAUGAGGCCUAUUGUUGAGCAGAAACGAGCAGAGCAACUAAAGCGCCUGAUUGGCGAGAUCAAAGCAGCAAAGAUUGCCCGUUCUAGGUUGCGUUACCUUGAGCACCAAAAGGAGAUGGAAAUGGAGGCUAAACGCAUUCACCAAGAAAUGGAUGGAGUGGGGGAGGAUGCAGCUAGCAGAUUCAACAUAUUUGACGUUGAUUCCUCUAGGGCCAAGGAAUCUCCUAUCUUUUACCGCUCAGAUCCAUCAUUCCAGGAAGCCAUCUUCUCCAAAUCGUCCUCUAACAAAACUUCUUCAAAGCAUGGCUCUUCUAAAACCGCAUCAAAAACACAAUCUGACCAUGAUAUAGAGAAGCCUGAAAGGGCGGACGUUAAGGGAGAGACAAAGGAUACACGGGCAAAAGAACAGGUCAAACGUACUUUGUGGAGGCCUAACAUAGCCAAAAGGCAGUCUAAGAAUGUGGACGAGGAUGACGAUUGGAGGCGCAAAUGA